UAAGAGUUUAGCUCCCUCCUUUAUUGUUAUUUUUUUUCCCUUUAUAAAGCCAAAUGAUGCACUGUUAAAACUGUCGGUGUAUCUUUUUGUGCAUAAAUUUCUCCCAAGUUUGGAAUCUCUAUUUAAUCCAAACGUUUAAUGUGGUCAAAAUGGGUCAAGAGUUCAAACUUUUUGGUUUUUGAUGCCUCAAAACUUUUGUACCUGUUCAUAUUUUUGAGAAUCAUGUGAAACCCAUUAGUACUUUCCCGUCGAUUCCUUUUCAUUUGUAUAAAAUGGCUCUAUCUCAUUGUGGUGGUUCAUUUGUUCAUGAGUUUUCGUUCAGAGUCCACAAUGGACUCUGAGUUUAUUAGAGUUAGACCCUUUCCAAAGUUUCAAUCUUUGCUUUCUGGGAAUUUCUGAAAUAUCAAUAGCAGGAUACUAGUUCAAUUUGUUCAUUCAUUCUUCAACAGUGGUUUUUUCCCCAACAUUGUUUUUUUGUUUUUAAUUCUCUUUUCCACCUUUAAUAAUCUGGGAAGUGGAAAGAAAACCACCACCCCAACCUUACCAUUUUUGCUGUGAGAAACCUGAAAAGCACAAGAAGAAGAAGAAAAGUAAAGUAACUCAAAUGAAUUUUAUAACAGGUUCUCCCAAAGGCUCUUGGCAACCAAUUAUGACUGCCAAGACAAACGUCCAGAGUUACUGGCUUAAUUGGAGAGUUUUGCUUUGUGCCAUUUGGGUUUUGGCAUCAAUCAUCUUGUCAUCAUUGCUUAUAUGGAAGUAUGAACGUUCGAGAAAACCAGCAAGAAAUGGUGGCAGGGAAACCCAACAAGAAACACAAGCAACUUUGUAUGAGGAUGAAACUUGGAGGCCUUGCCUAAAGGGAAUUCACCCUGCAUGGCUCAUGGCUCUCAGAGUUGUAGCAUUUAUUGUGCUUUUGGUGCUUCUCAGUGUCAAUGCUGCUGUUGAUGGAGGAAGCAUUUUCUACUACUACACUCAGUGGACUUUUACUUCAAUUACCAUUUAUUUUGGGCUUGGAUCUUUGCUCUCCAUGUACGGAUGUUACCAACAUCAUAAGAAAGCAACUGGGGAUAAGGUUGAUAAUGUGGAUGGAGACGCAGAGCAAGGAAUGUAUGUUGCUUCUGAACUACCACAGAGUUCCAAUGCAUCUGACCAAGAGAAAAGCUUGGGAGCCCCAGAGGAAAUUCUUGUUCGCCAACAUGCAGGCACAUGGGGUUAUAUUUUUCAAAUAAUAUUCCAGAUUAAUGCAGGUGCUGUAAUGCUCACUGAUUGUGUAUUUUGGUUCAUAAUUGUUCCAUUUCUAACCAUCAAAGAUUACAACCUAAAUUUUUUGAUAGUCAAUAUGCACACAAUCAAUGCUGUUUUCCUUAUAGGUGACACAGCUUUAAAUUGUCUGAGGUUCCCUUGGUUUCGAGUAGGAUACUUCUGCCUGUGGACAGUCACGUAUGUGAUUUUCCAGUGGAUUGUUCAUGCUUGCAUUAAUCUCUGGUGGCCAUAUCCAUUUCUUGACUUGUCAUCCUCAUAUGCUCCACUGUGGUACUUUGCAGUGGCAUUACUGCACAUUCCAUGCUAUGGAAUCUUCGCCUUGUUGAUGAAGCUGAAACACUAUGUCUUGUCAACGCGGUACCCGGACUCAUAUCAAUGUGUUAGAUGACUUCGUCUUAGGACCGAACUACACUAGCUACGAUUUUCCGAAGAAUAUCGUUUUUACCAUAGAACGAAAGAAGAACAAAAGUGUUAAAUAGUACAAUUUAGCAAUAA